CUGCUGCACGCGCUGCAGCUCGGGGUGGGCUACCGGUGCGUGCGCGCGCUGCGCCUCGCCUGGCAGCUGUGCCGCGCCCCGGCCGCCUCCGAGCAGCAGCGGCGCCGCCUCGCCUUCCUCGCGCACGACAUCAGCCUCCUGCGCCUCUUCGAGGCCUUCGUGGAGAACGCGCCGCAGCUCGCGCUGCUGCUCUACGCGGUGCUGCGGAGCCAGGCGGCGGAGCCGGCCCAAGGUGUGGGCAUCUGCACCGCCGCGCUCUGCGUGACCUGGUCCCUGCUGGACUAUCACCAGGCGCUGCGCUCCUUCCUGCAGGACAAGCACGAGCUGAGCCUCCGCUCCUCCUUCGUCUACUUCCUGUGGAACCUCCUGCUCCUCUGCCCGCGCAUCCUCGCCCUUGCCCUCUUCGCCUUGUGGUGGCCCUACGGUGUCGCCGUGCACUUCCCGCUCGUGUGGCUGGCCAUGUUCCUCUGGGUCACCAUGCAGGGCACGGACUUGAUGGAGUCGCCCGGGCCUGAGCAGCUCUACAGAGCCGUGGUAGCAGUGAUCCUCUACUUCAGCUGGUUCAACGUGGCCGAGGGGCGCACGCUGGGCCGCAGCGUCAUCUAUCACAGCUUUAUGCUGGUGGACAGCAUGCUGCUGGCCGCGCCAUGGCUCUGCUGCCACCCGUCUGCCGAUGAGCACCCCUACCUCAUCCCCGUGGUCCUYGCCGCGCUGCCCUGCUACCUCCUGGGGCUCGGCGUGAGGCUCGUCUACUACAAGUGGCUGCAUCCCAAUGUGCGGGCGCAGCGCCCGGGCGCCGCCGACGAGGUGGAUGCCGGAGCGGUGGCUGAGGGGCUGCAGGGCUCCGCGCCCGCCCUUGUGAACAGGCGAAUGCAGAGGCUGGCCCAGGCCCACUUCUCAGUCUCCYUGUGGGGAGAGCGGAGCCCGCGCGAUGGAGCAGCUGCCACCGACACCGUGCUCUGA